UCCCGUGGCUCCCCGCGCGGUUAGGUUUACAUGCUGCUCUCCACGCAGUCCGUUCUGCGGCGGCGAUAAAUGUGGUCCUUGAACGACACACACCUCGGGCGUAUAUUCGCAUGGCCCUCGGGAUUAAGGGGUACGGGUUUGUCUGGACCUCAGCACGUAACUUCAAACGUGCGGCAUUUAUGAUCGUGCACUCAUAACACAAGUCUGUGCUUGAACGUCACAGCAGACGAGGAAGGAGAAGAAGAGGAUGCAGCGCGUCCUAAGUCACAGGACACUGCUGCGGUUGGCGACGGUGCGCCCGUUGCUGGUGGGCGUCACCGUCCCUGAGCCGCCGGUAGCAUUUUGUUGCUGUGCCCUCCGCCUAUCGCUGCAACCACCCGCGGGCCAGCGCUGGCUGUCGAUCUCAGCCUCUAGCAAGGCAGCACACCAACCAAAACACCAGCCGCCGCAGGAGGAGCAACAGUCCAGCUCCACAUCUCAAACACAGGAGGUCCAGAAAGGCAGCAGCAGGGAAGCUGGGCCCGAUGAGGUGGACCCCCUGCAGGACAAGUCGAGUGGUCUGGUCCAGAGGUUUAAGAAGACCUUCAAACAGUAUGGGAAGGUGAUGAUCCCUGUGCAUCUCGUGACAUCCUCCGUCUGGUUUGGAACCUUCUAUUACGCUGCUAUGCAUGGUGUGAAUGUAGUGCCAUUCCUGGAGAUGAUUGGUCUACCAGAGUCACUAGUUGGCCUUUUAAAAGACUCCUCGAGUGGAUACGCUUUGACUGCGUACGCCAUGUACAAGAUUGCAACCCCUGCUAGGUACACAGUGACUCUGGGUGGCACGUCACUAUCUGUUCAGUAUCUCCGCAAGCACGGCUACUUAUCAACACCUCCGCCAGUUAAAGAAUACAUUCAGGACAAAAUGGAGGAGACAAAGGAGAAACUGUCAGAAAAGAUGGAGGAGACGAAGGAGAGAUUUUCCGAGAAAAUGGAGGAAACAAAAGAACGCCUCUCGGAGAAAAUGGAAGAGACUAAAGACAAGUUUUCUGAGAAACUGCAGGAAACCAAAGACAGAGUCUCUGAGGGCAAAGCAUUUUUCCGGAAGAAAAAUGAUUAGUGAAUCAUGUUUACAGAUGGCGCUCUGAAUAAUUGGUCCUAUUUUGAUCUUGAUAAGUAAUAAUUAAGUUUGGAGCAAGUAACAGACGGUACUGCUAAGACUGUUUGUAUUACCCUUGUCCUAAAGUUUCACCACAAAUCUCACCUGUUGUCUGUCUAAGUGUCUAAAUUCAGUCCCUAAUUGUCCAAACUCUGCCACAGUGCACUGUAAGUAAAGACUAGACAGUAGCUUAGCAGACUCCUGGCAAUGCUUUAUCCUGGCUCAGUCAUCACGGACUGGAUUUGCACAGGCUCAAGUGAGCUGGACUUUAACUCUUUGUUAGCUGUAAGUUGGCAUACAUAAAGAAAAAGAGGACUGGACUUCAGUCAAUUAAAAAAAGAGUCAGCCUGCUUGUGUAAAAACGGCAUCCAUUUAACAAUGUACGGGAGGGAGCAGUGCUAAUCUUAGUCUAUCAAAGCCUUUCUGAAGGCUCGGUGUCACCUUGUCUUUUCUAAUGCAAUGAGAAAGAGAUUUAAGUUUUUCUAAUGAUUUUUUUUUAUCCAAUAGCCUGGGCUGAUAAUGACGUUAUUGUACCACUUAAAACCUUGACUGAAAGUUGUCUAUGAAAAGUCAGAUGAUUGUUUGAAAGGUCAAGUCAUGUUUCAUAUGAAUUUACAUGUGAUGAGUCGUCAGUCAUACAUGUAAACACACAGCACCUUCAGUUGAUGAGCAGUUUGACAGAUGGAAGCUCUUGGGUUCUUUGGUGAAUAGACAAAUGUUCCUGUCAGAAGAUUAAACAGAGGUUUAAAACCACAACUGAAUAAAGCGAAAUGCCAAUCAAA